AUGGCGUUAUCAUCAUCUCCGUCCUCUCGAGUCUACUACAGAGCCUGCGGCCGCGUCCCCUUCGACUGGGAGAUCGAGCCGGGCCAGCCAAAGAGCCCUGCAGUGGAGGAGACCGCCCCGGUGCUGGCUCUGACGCAGCCACUGAGCCCGCCGCCGGCGGUGUGGGGUCCGGAGGUCGCCAAACGCGGCGGCCGUGAUCCACGCGUGGCUGCUGCAACUGGGAAGAGCAAGAGAUCAGGGAAGCACGACGGCGUGAAGUCUAGGAAUGAUCAAUCUGUGGCGACGCCGUCGCUGCCGCCGCCGCCGAGCUGCUUCGUCGUCCCGGAGCCGCUAAGGAGGUGGGACUUUUCUCGCAUGCUCGGUGCCAUUUGGAGGAAGCAGUAG